AUCACUUUCUAACCUCCAAACAUAAAAAACUGAAAUCUUUCUUGGGGGUUGUGCAACAAUUUCGUAUAUAAAGCAUAAUUUCACUCCGUGAGUUGAGUAAAAAUGAUAAAAGCGUAUUUGUGAUGAAUGGCUUCAAUUAACAGUCAACAUUCUGUGACUUAUUCCCACAAUGGCGUCUAGAGGAGCUAGAAAAAGAAGUAACCAGCAGUACUUUCAGGGUAAUGACGUGAGACUGUCAAAAACAUUGUCAUAUCUCCUCCGACAUGGUGCUGAAAAGGAAGGUUUUACCUUCACAGAAGGUGGAUUCCUUUACGUGGAUGAUGUGUUAAAGUGGUCUUCUUUAAAAACAUACACACAGGAAGAUAUACUGCGAGUUGUUGAAAAUAAUGACAAGAAAAGAUUCGCUGUUGAGCAGGAUGAAGACACAGGGAGAGUCAAGAUACGAGCAAACCAGGGGCAUAGUGUUCAGGUGGAAAAUCUUCAGCUGUCCCCCCUCAUAGAAGCCUCCCAGUACCCUGUUGUGAUACAUGGUACAUAUAGAAAAGCUUGGGAAUCCAUCAGAUCUCAGGGACUUAGUAAGAUGAAUAGAAACCAUAUUCAUUUUGCACCAGGUGAACCAGGAGACUCAGGGGUCAUCAGUGGAAUGCGAAAAAGUUGUCAAGUCCUCAUCUACUUGAAUUUACAAAAGGCAUUAGAAGAUGGUCUGCAGUUCUUUUUAUCAGACAAUAAUGUCAUCCUUAGUCCUGGCAACUGUGAUGGAAUUAUUUCACCAAAAUAUUUCUCCAAAGUUAUGGAUCGGGAGACUGGGCAGUCACUAGAUUUGCAUACUAACAGUUGACAAAUGAAAUUGUGGAAGACUGUUGACCAGUUUGUCAGCUGAUUUGGUUACUGCUUCAGGGGUUUUGAAAAGAACUGUGAUACAACCAAUGCAAAGGCAAAAGGCCUGUUGGAAUGACAAUUUAUUUGUAUUUUUUUCUUCUUUUGAAACCUUUUGUCAUAAAAUUUACAUCAGAACUGACUUUAAAUAAGGCCAGUGAUAAUGCCAUUGUUAAUGUUUCUGUUAACGGGUUUCCAAUUAAGGUUCUGUGCUAAUAUAGGAUUACUGAUAUGCAUUCAUUGGUACCAAUGAUAGAGGAAACCUGCUUGAAGUGUUUCUUUUAAGUAUUCUUGUAUUAAAUUCCAAGAGCCCCUAGUGAAGAGUAUGAACAUGUAUUUUAAGCAUCCUGUUAUUGCAUAACAUGUGAAAGUAAACUUAAUAUGUUUUGUUAAUCUGUUGAUUACAGAUAUGCGUGUGUUUAUUGAUAUGCAUUUAUUAUAGAAGUCAUCUUUUAGUGGAGGAAGACCGACUUACGUGAUAAGUUUACUUGUUACAAAUUUAUCUUGUAUUCAUAUACUAUUCUUCUUAUGCAUUAAUACGAGCCAGAAGUGGAUUAAAACUGAUUUCAACAUGUUUGCUAGUAAGGAGUGCAGUGGUCAGAGUACCGGUAGAUCCUCGCCAUUUAGAUUUUGGGGCUAUUGAUGCAUGUAUGUGCACGAUAAAUCUGGAUUCUGAAUCAUAAUUAUUUGAUUUGUAUUUAAUAAUGGUUUUGAUAAAGAGAUUUUUUCAA